AUGACCUACGCUUCAGUCAGCAUCAACACUCCCCCACCAUAUCUUACUUUGGCCAGCAACGAAAAAUUGCCAGUCGUGUUAUCCAUCGCUGGAACAGACCCCAGUGGUGGUGCUGGUCUGGAAGCUGAUAUGAAAACUAUCACGGCGCACAGAUGUUAUGCCAUGACAUGUGUCACCUCUGUAAAUGUUCAAACUCCAGCAAAAGUCUACAGUAUUCACAACACACCAAAGGAUGUUGUAUCUCAAAUCUUGGACACCAAUUUACAAGACAUGAAAUGUGAUGUUAUCAAGACCGGUAUGCUUACCGUACCUGCUAUUGAGGUUUUGCACGAAAAGUUGUUGCAACUUGGUGAAAAUAGACCUAAACUGGUGGUUGAUCCAGUCUUUGUUGCUACUGCCGGUUCUUCAUUAGCUGGCGAAGAUGUAGUUACUUUGAUUAGGGACAAAAUUGCUCCUUUUGCAGAAGUUUUGACACCUAAUAUUCCAGAGUGUUUCAAACUGCUAGGCGAAGAAAGAAAAAUUAACAAACUGCAUGAUAUUUUUGAAAUAGGUAAGGAACUUGCCAAAAUCACUAAAUGUGCCAAUAUCCUAGUGAAAGGUGGCCAUAUUCCAUGGAGUGACGAAGGUGAAAAAUACAUUACCGAUGUUCUUUACUUAGGUGCAGAACAAAAGUUUAUCGUCUUUAAAGGCAAUUUCGUCAAUACCACGCACACCCAUGGUACCGGAUGCACUCUUGCUUCUGCCAUUGCGUCCAACCUAGCUCGUGGUUAUUCUCUUCCUCAAUCUGUUUACGGUGGUGUUGAAUACGUCCAAAAUGCCGUGGCCAUUGGCUGUGAUGUUACCAACCCACAAAUUAAGGAUAAUGGCCCAAUAAAUCAUGUCUAUGCUAUAGAAAUCCCACUAGAAAAAAUGAUUACCGAUGAAUGCUUUACCGCACUAGACGUCUUACCUAAAAAGCAAAUUGCAAGUGCUGCUGACAAAAUUCCAGGCGGCAAUUUUUUCGAAUACUUGAUCAAUCACCCUAAAGUUAAGCCACACUGGGACUCAUAUGUGAACCACGAAUUUGUUAAAAAGGUGGCUGACGGUACAUUAGAGCGUAAGAAGUUCAGAUUCUUUAUUGAACAAGAUUAUGCAUACUUAGUUGACUACGCUAGAGUUCACUGUAUCGCGGGUAGUAAAGCUCCAUGUCUAGAAGAUAUAGAGAAGGAAUUAUCCAUUGUUGCAAGUGUUCGUAAUGAAAUGGGUGAGCAUGAAAAGAGACUAACGGAAGAAUUUGGUGUCCCAGACCAAGCAUACUUCCAAAACAUUGCUAGAGGACCAGCAUUAAAGGCCUACUCUCGUUACUUCAAUGAUGUUUCCAGAAGAGGUAACUGGCAAGAGUUAGUUGCCGCCUUGACUCCUUGUUUAAUGGGUUAUGGUUAUGCUUUGACCAAGAUGAAGGGUAAAGUCACUGCAGCUGAGGGUUCUGCUUACUACAAGUGGUGUGAAACUUACAGUUCUCCAUGGUACUGUGCUGCCAUGGCCGAAGGUGAACUACUUCUAAAUCACAUCUUGGAAACAUACCCUCCAGAGCAACUUGAUACAUUGGUGACGAUCUAUGCUGAAGUUUGUGAAUUGGAAACUAAUUUCUGGACUGCCGCCCUAGAAUACGAAUGA